GUAAACAAAAAGCAACUCCUGCAAAAGUGACAGCGCUGCCGUUGUUUGCGAUAAAAUUUUGUUUAAAAUAGUGCAAAAACGAUUAAAAAAACUUUCAAUAAACUAAAGAAACCAGCGAAACGCUUCACCAUGCCCAGUCGGAGCCGCUCGCGGGAGCGCCACCGUAGCCGUAAGCACAAGAGUGACCGCGACAGCCGGAAAAAACGCCACAGCUCGACCAGUUCCGACAGCGACAGCAGCAGCAGCAGUGGAAGUUCCAGCAGUGACCGCGGCCGGUCGUCCAAGCGACGAAACGACAAGGGCAAAUCCCGCCACGAGUCUCGUUCGCCGGUCAAGCGGCAACGUCGUCGCUCCGAUUCCCGGGAGAGGAAGCGGCGGUCCAGGUCGCGGGAUCGGGGAGGUCGAUCCCGAAGGUCCAGGACACCGGAGAAGCGACGCAAGUCACGGUCCAGGAGUCGGGAGCAGCAGCAACAUCAGCAGUUUAAUGGUAAUCGGGGGCGGGCUGGGUUGGGGUUUGAACAGCCGGGUCGGAACCGGUGGGAGCAUGACAUGUACCAGGAGAAGCAGUCCCGGAGGGACGCGGACCGGAGUUAUCGGCCGGGGGGACGAUCGGGCAACGACGCCAUGAACGAGGAGUUUAUGCAGUCGAGACGGCUUCAGAGGGAGGUGAUUGGCGAGGAGGGUGUGGCGUCGGCUUGGGCGGAUUCGCCGUCGCCACGGGAGUCUUCCGAUGAUGAGAAGGACAAGGCUGCGGAGAAGGCCAAGAAGGCGUCGAAGAAGAAGAAAAAGAAGGGAAGCGAUCGGAAGGAUAAGAAGAAAAAGAAGUCUUCCAAGAAGCACCGGAAGAAGGACAAGCACUCGAAGAAGAAGAAAAAGAAGAAGGGUUCGUCCUCGGAAUCGUCGAGUUCGUCGUCGUCGGACGGGGAAGCGGAGGAGGAGUGGGUCGAGAAGGACAAAUCCGGUGGGCUGGCCAGGGCGGGAAGUUCCAAGGGCGCAACGGCGGUGGGUGAGGAUGAUGGGACAGAAAUUGUGGGGCCGGUCAAGAACAGCGGCAACCUUAACCUGAAGGACCUUGGCCGGGCGCUGCUGCCCGGUGAAGGGGCCAUGGCCGCGUACGUUACCGAGGGCAAGCGCAUUCCGCGGCGUGGUGAGAUCGGGCUGACGUCGGACGAGAUCGCCAACUUUGAGGACGUCGGGUACGUGAUGAGCGGAAGCAGACAUCGCCGCAUGGAGGCGGUUCGUAUCCGGAAGGAAAACCAGAUCUACUCGGCGGACGAGAAGCGGCUGGCCAUGUUCAGCAAGGAGGAACGCCAGAAGCGCGAGAACAAGAUCCUGUCGCAGUUUAAGGAGAUGAUCAGUUGCUGGCCAGCGACAAGCGCUGAGACAAUUGUGUUAGUACUAAUCCAUACAAAUAAACUUAUUUCACGAUUCCAAGCUGGAACGAAGUCGGGACUUUUUUCGAAGGACUUGAAAAGAACACGGCAUUGUUUUCGCGCUCAAACUUUUAUUCGUAACUCUACGUAGCUGGGCUGGCUUCCUCUGGCCCGGCCCCA